AUGCCUUUCCUUGCCCAGGAACAUUAUCCAAUAUCUACAAAGGAUAUCCUUUCCUGGACAUUCGAUGACUACAAGCAUGACUGGGAUGCGCCCAUCUACAUCUCCGCUCUGGAGCCUCAACAACACUCUGUCUCUGCCCGGCAAGCCAAGUCGUUAGUCCGUCAACUUGCUUCCGGGUUCCGUGCGCUCGGUCUACGUAAGGGAGAUUGUGUGUGCAUCCACAGCUUCAACACUGUAUAUUAUCCGCUGUUCUUUUUAGGCGUCAUUGCAGCAGGCGGAAUCUUUGCCGGGACAAAUCCCGCAUACACGCCGUUUGAGCUGGCGCACACCCUUCGCACAGCCAAGGUCCAGUGGGUCUUCGUACAGCCUGAGGAAGCAUUACUUGACGCGGUGAAGAAGGCCAUGAAGGAUGCUCGACUUGGUGACGACCGGCUUAUUAUCUUCAAUCCGCACGGUGAGAAAGUCCCGGCGGGUGUCGGUAUGCAGUGGUCCGACCUCUUACAACAUGGCGAGCUGGACUGGGUUCGCUUUAACGACCUGGAGACGGCGAAAGACACGGAAGCGGCACGUCUUUUCUCAUCUGGAACUACAGGAUUGCCGAAGGCUGCUUCCUUGAGCCACUACAACUUCAUCGCUGAGCACACCCUGGUUUACGAAGCGACGCCUCGGCCUUUUCGUGCACGCCGUCUUGUAGCCUUGCCGAUGUUUCACGCUGCCACUACGCCGGUUGCCUUCACUACGCCAUUGCGCGCAGGCGAGGCUGCGUACGUGCUGCCUCGGUUCGACCUUGAGAAGUGGUUCUGGGCGCACGAGCACUACCAAAUCACGGACGCGGUGCUCGUGCCGCCGGUAGCGGUCAUGGCCAUUAACUCGCCACUGAAGGACAAGUACAGCAUGAGAUAUGUUCGCAUUGCUAAUGUCGGUGCCGCGCCGCUAGACAAGAAGACGCAGGCACGAAUGCAGGCGAUCAUUGGCUCUGACGCGCCAUUGACGCAAGUUUGGGGCAUGACUGAGACAUCUUGCAUAGCAACACGGCAAGUACAUUUUUUCAUGAGCUUCUUCGCUUACCCGGAGACGGAUACCACCGGCAGUGUCGGAAGGUUUCUAUCGAAUCUUGACGCAAAACUGGUCGAUGACGACGGGCGGGAUAUCACUGAUUACGAUGUGCGUGGUGAGUUGUGUGUUAGAGGACCGACUAUCAUCAGAGGGUACUUUGAGAACGAGGAGGCAAAUCGGAGGGAUUGGGAUAGCGAAGGCUACUUCCAUACUGGCGAUAUCGCUUACUGUGAUGGAAAGACGAAGCUGUGGUACAUUGUCGACCGGAAAAAGGAGCUCAUCAAAGUUCGCGCCAACCAAGUGACGCCCCCAGAGCUGGAAGGUGUCCUGCUCGAGCACCCCAAUAUCAUCGAUGCUGCAGUCAUUGGCGUUCCCGAUCCGCUCCGCCAUGGCUCAGAACUACCUCGGGCAUACCUCGUCCGCCGAUCUGGCGAUAGGCCGAGCGAGCAGGAGGUACACAACUACAUGCGAGGUUUAUUGGCAAGCUAUAAGAUGUUGGAGGGCGGCAUCGUCUUCGUUGAUAUGGUACCAAAGAAUGCGUCUGGCAAGAUCCUUAAGCGCGUGUUGAGAGAAAGGGCGGCGAAAGAGAUGCGGUCGAAGUUGUAGUGACAGAAACCAAACAUUUAUGGACACAAGUCACGUGCACGUGAAACCGUGCGCCACAAUUUGUAAUCCGCAGCUUCUACGUGCAACCUCAGG